CAAGAAGAGUGGACGAUAACAACAUCGAACUGGCCCCCCUGCCUUGGCAGCCGUCGUGCAUGUGUCUCUUUUGAUGUUGCUUCGCAUUCAUUUCUUGUUUUAACAUCCCAUCGCCUGGCUCUCAUUUGCUGUAGACUAUUUGCCUUUCUCUCUAUCCUCUCUAUCUCUCUCUCUCUCUCUCUCUCUCUCUCACACACACACACACUCUCUCUAUCUCUUCUUACCUACAAGUCAUCUCCAUCCCCCCCUUCCUUGACACUCACUCCUCCCGCGCUUUCCUUGGCUUGUUUGGAUACUCCCAACCUAUCGUCGUCCACUCGUAUUCGUCCAUUUGCAUCUGCAGCUACGACUUGGUCAGAAAUAACGCUCCGCGUUCCCGUUGCAACCUUGGAAAGGUUACUUCGCAGAAACCUGGACUCCCAUCACCCACCGUCGUCGGCGAUAAGACGUCAGCCCCUCUCCUUUGACGAAGAACGCCACCGUUGAUCAGCCACUCUGCCUCUCUGCUGGGGAUUCGGAAGACGGAAUCAAAAGAAGAAGAAGAAAUAAAAAGUUGGAAGAUUGCCGCAAGGGGCCAAGAUUUUCAGCCGGCGACAGUGAAAAAGAGAAGAGGAAGAAUUAAAAAGACACAGGUCUGGGAGACCAAGGCAAAGGCUUGAGAAGGGAAAAACAAGGACGAUCCAGACGAAUGAGACGAGUACGGUGACAGCCCUUCAUCCCAUCCCAGAAGCAACACCCAACAAGACGGGAGACGAUCUCAGCACCCAAGAUGCCGUCGUUAUCGCUACUGAGACGAAGCACCAAGCACGACCAGCAACGGCCGAUAUCACCACAGAAGCAGCAACAGCAACACAAUCAGCUUUCGCAGCUGUCACCGCGACACGAAGAUGGGAGGGAAGCCGGACCUCAAGAACAACAACCGGGCUCGUCCGGGACCGGGGGAACCGGCGAGCGGGAGCGGGAGCGCAAAUUCUCCAAACGGGACCUCUUUGGGGGGUUGCUGAAUCGCAGCAAGGGCCGGGGCAGCAGCAGCGCGUCGACGCCAGCAUCGUCGACGAAGUCUGGGCGGGGAACCGGCGCCGAGUCGCCAACGAAGUUUCCUGUAAGUCCAAAGUUUCCCCCCAGCGUCGUUGUCUAUCUACAAUACGUCCCGUUUCCACCCUCUUGUUUCUAUGUUUCGAUGUUUUCUGUAUGCACAUUCGGUACCACCCACACCCCAGGUUCGCCGUCAAUUAACCUCCCCCACCCCCCCUUCGUCCCUUUUCCUCAGACCAGGUCCGGUCCGGCCGGUGUGUCACAACAUCCCAUCCCGUGGACGGUCCCCCGGACCCCCUACUUCGACACAGGGCAGCAGCUCCUCAGACGCAUGGGUAUCUACCUAGGUACCUUACGUACCUCCUUCACCCCUCUGGGCUGGGAGGAUCUCUGGGUCCCUGCCCGGGCAGAUGGUCUUGGUGACGGGCCCCGUCCGUCCCUUUCCCAAGCCGUGUCCCCUCUUUCUCUUGGCUCUAGCGUUCGCCUAUGGACUUCUCAGUCUUUGGAAGCCACUGCCGUCAGUCAGUCUGGCUGCAGCACCACCUCAUCGCCCCCUCUCUCUCCACCAUGUCACUCCCCCGCCAUCAUCCUAUCCGGCCCAUCAAUGGGAGCUGCAUCAGGCCACUUUGAUCUCCCCAUGCUUCCCUCUCUGGCCCUUACCGUGCCACUUCCCCCAGCGCGUAAUAUGCUUGCAAUCUGCUUAGCAGUGACCUCCAAUUCCCACACUCAAUCACACCUCCCCCUUCCUUCGUCUUCGUCUUUGUUUUUGUCUUCCUUCUGCAAAGCGCAAUAUUUUCUCUUCAUCUUUCUACUCUACCUUCCUGCAAGCCAUUUCGUAUUGUAUUGGUUGCUCCGAGCUUCCUCAAACCAAUCAAGACAACGAACGUCUCUCGUUUACACAAACGUUUACACAAAGAAGGGAAUCAGGUAGUCCUGCCCCCGUCCGACCAAACCACCUUUGCCAAUUCUUUACCUGACCUUUCCGCCCAAUU